AUGUCGACCAAACCGCUGACUAAAACACCAACCCUCAAACGGUCACGGGUCCAAGCAGAGGACCAAGAUAACAAUUACGAUGCAUCGGAAAACACAAGUCUCGGCCAUUUAUUGCACACAGAGGAGGGUCACCUCGAUGACGGAUUUUCUUACUCACUACAUAAUAACAAGGACCAGCAUGACCUAGUAACUCUGGAUGCUAGCGCUGACUCUCAAUUACAAAAUGCGCUCCGCUUCCUCCCAGCCAAGCCUCAAUUAGACGCUCUGAUUGAAGCCUUCUUCAGCAAUGUCAAUCACCAUUACAACUUCAUACACCCGCCGGCCUUUAUACGACAAUACAUCAAUUGGUCGGGCAGAACGCAUCAACGAUGUGUCCAGGAUCUUCAACUCACUGCCCUCAUCUUCAUGAUGUGCGCUUGCGUUACGCAGCAUCUUGACAUUGACGCGCAACAACCACCGAAGGAUGUUUCCAAGACGUAUCAUGAUGCUGGGACACGCCUUGCCGAGGCAAUACCAGCUGGGUCCUAUCAUCUCAUCAAUCUUCAGUGGAAAGUCCUUUCUAUCUGCUGGUUCAAAGGCGAAGCAAAAUUCACCGAGGCAUGGCAUACGAUUGGGCUCGCUGUGCAAGAGGCAUAUGAGUUGGGACUACACAAGUCUCGACACAAGACACAAGAUAUUGAGGUGCAGAUUGGUCGACGAGCCUGGCGCGUACUGUACUGCUGGAAUUGGCAAUUGUCAUCAAUACUUGGCCGGCCUUUCAUCAUGAAUGACAUCGAUUCAGAGCCUGAACAGCCCGACCUAAGAAAUGCAGCGCCAACACCAACACUGCAUACCAAGCUCCAGUACCAACUUAUAUCAUCUCUUGCCAAGCGCUGGCAGACACCACAAAACAUUAACACGGCAUCCAAAGUCCGGGAAUACAAGAAAAUGGUUGAACAGCACGUGUCCUCCUUCCCAGCUGUGUUUGCUCUAGAUAACCCAGACACUUCAAAGGAUGCCGAAUGGCCAUGGGUCGUGACGCAUCGCUACUACGUCCAGACAAUGGCAUACUUUAUGAUUCUCCAACCGUACAAAGCCUACUUACUGCAUCCAUCGACAAACCUGUCUGUACCCGAGAUACAGGAGCUACGAGCAGAAGCGGUAGAGUGCUCGCUGAAGACGUUGCAAAUCGCAACUCAAUGGGCAUCUCGAGUCUCACAAGGCGAUGGGCAGUUUCACCUUGUGGUUCUUUGUCUCUUCGAUACAGCUGCUUUCUUGUCUAUGUCUCUGCAAAAGGACCAAGUGAAGGACUUUCCUCGACGACAUAAAGCUGUUGUUGCGGUUAAUGAGGCUGCUGCGACAUUGAAGGAACUUCAGACAAUAUCACGGGGAGCUCAAUCAUCGCAUGGACUUUUAUGCAAGAUUUUACGCAAAAUGGAUUGGAAUGCUACGGACAAAUGA